AAACCAGUAGGAUUUUCCAUUGGGAUGUGCUACCUAUAACUCUGUGAAGGGAUAUAUAUUUAAAUUUGAAUAUAUACCUCAGCAAGUCACAUGACGAUAAAUUUUCAAUUGGCAUCCUAGGUUUUCAUGGGACAAUUUUUUUGACAAACAUUUUGCGAGAAGAUAUAUUCUAAAAAAUGUGAAUUUUACUUUGUUGUCAAUCUAUCUUCUAGUCAUGCUUGUGUGUCUCUUGAUUGUAAAACAUGACAGACAAUAAUAACGAUGAAGAGGACAUUAGCUACAUUGAGCUGGACCAGUUUAACCUACCAGCCGUGGUAGCUGCAACAGAUAACUUCGCAAAAGAUAAUAAACUUGGGGAAGGAGGUUUCGGUGAAGUUUUUAAGGGUAUAUUACCAGACGGCGAAGUGAUAGCAGUGAAGAGGCUUUCGAAGCACUCCUCCCAAGGGUUUCACGAGCUCAAGAAUGAACUCAUGUUGGUUGCCAAGCUGAAGCACAAGAACCUGGUGCGCCUCAUGGGUGCGUGCCUGCAUGAAGAAAAGUUGCUCGUCUACGAGUACAUGCCCAACAAAAGUCUAGAUACCAUCAUCUUUGAUCCAUUGAAAAGACAUCAGCUGGAUUGGAGCAAAAGAUUCAUGAUCAUCUUCGGGAUUGCACGGGGACUUCUUUAUCUCCACGAGGAGUCUUGUCUAAAGGUCAUCCACAGGGAUCUAAAACCAAGUAAUGUGUUACUGGAUGCAGAUAUGAACCCAAAGAUCUCUGACUUUGGUCUUGCAAGAGCUUUUGUUAGAGACCAAUCCAGAGAUGUAACCCUACGGCCUGUCGGGACCCUCGGAUACAUGUCCCCAGAGUACGCCUACCUCGGGUAUGUCUCCACCAAGUCUGACAUGUUUAGCUUCGGCGUCAUCGUCCUGGAGACGGUAACCGGGCGGAGGAGCAACAGCAUGUCAGAAUGCCCGGACUACUCGACGCCCCUUCUGAGCUAUGUGUGGGGGAAGUGGAAGAUGGGGUCUGCAACUGAUGUGGUGGACGCGUCGCUGAGCGAGUACCCUGAAAGCGAGGUCCUCAACUGCAUUGAGAUCGGACUCCUGUGUGUCCAGGAGAACCCCGAAGACAGGCCGGACGCCUCCACGGUGGUUCUGAUGCUCAGCAGCCCGACCUCCACGCCAGAUGAAGGGCGGCGUGCGCCUACUAGGCCGGCCUUCUUCUUUGGAUCUGAUGAUAGUGCCGCAACAAGGCGCGUGCCACCCGGCUCGACCUCUACCACCACUUGGAUCGGCAUCAAUCAACCACCGCCGGUAUCCAAGAAUGGUGUGACCAUUUCGGAGCUUCAGCCCAGAUAGAAGGUAGACAGCAAGAGAAAGAGAGGCAGGCUGCAAAGCUGACACGCCGGCCAUGCGCGCAUGCACCAACGUUAUGGAUAUCUGUAGAGUCCACUUGUAUAUAUGGCAAGCAUAUAUUGAGAUAUGUAGAGUCCACUUGAAUAUAUAUGGCAAGCAUAUAUUGAGAUAUGUAGAGUCCACUUGUAUAUAUAUGGCAAGCAUAUAUUGAGAUAUGAACCGUGUGAACAGGAAUUAUAUGUGUUAUAUCAAAUUCGUUAAAUC